CGUACAGCUACGUUUUCCUGUGGCGUGGCAAUAAUGGAGGCGGAUCGAUCAGCGCCAGGAAGUCGGGGCGGGGCGGCGUACGACGCUGUCUAUAAAGCAGCGUUUGACUAAAAUAAACCCCCGCCCAGAGAGAGAGGCAAUGAUGAGAGAUGAGAGAUGAGAGAAGAGUGGGCGCAGGAUAAGCACGUGGGCGUCGCCUUUACCUUCCUCCUCUCAUUGCGACCACUCUGCUGCCCUUCCCUUCCCUGCCAUGGCGGAUUGCUGCUACUUUCUUUUAUAGUUUAACACCAACACUCACUCACACCUCCCGUCAAAUAUAAAUAAUAAUAAUAAUAAUAAUAAUAAUAAUAAUAAUUUACAGUCGCCAGGAAAUGAUUGGCGGUCGUCGUCGUCGUCGUCGUCUAUGAUUGCAGCCAGACAACCAGCGCUUCAAGGAUUGGAUUUCCAGAAUAAAAAUCGAUGAAGUUCAUGAAACUCGGAUCUCGUCCCGACACUUUCUACACAACAGAUGCCAUCAGGUCUGUGUCCUCGGAAGUGUGCAGCGAUCUCAUCAUCCAACUGAAGGGAGCAAGAUACUUACUCCACAAGUUCCCUCUGCUGUCCAAAUGCCUCCGCUUGCAGCGCCUCUGCUCCGAAAUCACAGAGCCCUCCCGCCUCCAGAUCAUCCAACUUCCCGACCUCCCCGGCGGCGUCGAAUCAUUCGACCUCUGCGCCAAGUUCUGCUACGGCAUCACCAUCACACUCAGCGCCUACAACAUCGUCUCCACCCGAUGCGCCGCAGAGUAUCUGCAAAUGUCUGAGGAUGUCGACAGAGGCAACUUGAUAUACAAAAUUGAAGUCUUCUUCAACUCCUGCAUCCUCCACGGCUGGAGGGAUUCCAUCGUCACGCUGCUCACCACCAAGGCCUAUCCGACGUUGUCCGAGGAUCUCCGAAUCACGCCCCGCUGCAUCGACGCUGUCGCUUCCAAAGUUCUUUCCCGGCCGACCAAGGCCAGCUUAUCCCACAGUUAUUCCAGGAGGGCUCGGGACGAUGACGAUGACGAUGUUUCGUGCAUUGGCUCUAAGGCGGGGAGAAAAGAGUGGUGGGCGGAGGAUUUAGCCGAGCUCGGGAUCGAUCUUUAUUGGCGAACAAUGAUCGCGAUCAAAUCAGGCGGGAACGUUCCCGCCGGCCUGAUCGGAGAUGCGUUGCGAAUUUACGCGUCGCGGUGGCUACCGAAAUUAUCGAAUUCGUCGGACGAGGUGACUUCGAAGCACCGGCUGCUAUUGGAUUCGAUUAUCACGCUGCUGCCGGGGGAGACGAAAGGCAGAGUUUCUUGCAGCUUCUUGUUGAAGCUUUUGAAGGCAGCCAACAUACUUGGAAUCUCUUCCUCUUCGAAGAAGGAAUUGGUGAGAAGGAUUGGAGUUCAGCUGGAGGAGGCCUCAGUCAAUGAUUUGUUGAUCCCGAGUUUUUCGACGACGAAAGAUGACUUGGCGUACGAUGUAGACGUUGUCGUCGCUAUGUUGGAGCACUUCAUGGCGCAAGGACAAAGCCCUCCGACGAGCCCUCCGAGGACGAAGGGUGAUUUCGAACGGCGAAGGUCCCGAUCAGCCGAAAACGUGGAAUUAAUGGUUCGAGAAAGUAGGCGAUCCUCUUCGGCGUCGCAUAGUUCUAAGCUCAAGGUUGCGAAACUCAUCGAUCGGUAUCUGCAAAGAAUAGCCAAAGAAAGAAACCUGUCUAUGUCGAAGUUCAUUACGAUUGCAGAAGCCAUUCCGGAGUUCUCAAGAAUCGAUCACGACGAUCUUUACAAAGCUAUCGAUGUAUUUCUAAAGGGGCAUCCUGAGGUGAGCAAGAGCGAGAGAAAGAGGCUGUGUCGGGUGCUGGAGUGCAGGAAGUUAUCGAUGGAAGCAUGCAUGCACGCUGCACAAAACGAGAUGCUCCCGCUAAGGGUAGUGGUUCAAGUCCUGUUCUUGGAGCAAGCACGUGCUGGCGGGAAGAUGACGAGGAGGGAGCUGCCGAGCAACAUAAAGGCUCUGUUAGCAGUGCACAACGAUGACGAUGAUGAUGACGAUGAAUCAGAGAGUAAAGGCGCCAAGGCUGCCGCAGCUGCGACACUGAAAAUGAGAAUGGAAACUGAAAACAAACCAGAUAUUAUUAUGGCCAAGUACAAGGGGCACAAGUCGUCGUCCAAAGGGGACAUGUUGGGGAAGCUGUGGCCGAUCACCCGAAGAAGCGAAUCAAGAAGAACUACUGAUGGAUCCAUCCACAUAUGAUAUAAUAAAUUUUAUUUCUAUAAAUCAGAUCAAAUCACAUCAAAUCACACGAGGGCUGAGAUUAAUUGUACGACUGAGCCUCUCUCUGUUUACUUAGCUAAUUAAAUUUAAAAAUAUUUAAUUUUAUUAUCUAAAUUGUUUCGGCAAUAAUGUUUUUUGGUUUGCAACAAUUUGUUGCAACUUUCCGCGACAAAAUGUCAUUAAUGCAUUUUAGCGUUGUCGCGGAAAUUUGUUGCAACUUUCCGCAAUAAAAUGUAAAUGUCAUUAAUGCAUUUUAGCAUUGUCGCGGAAGGUUGCGACAAUUUGUUGUAAUUUUCCGCGAUGACAAUUUAUUAAAUU